UGGAAAGGUGGAGUCUUCUCACAAAGUGAAAGUAAUGAAAAUGAUAAGACCCAAGACAAAAGCAACAUCAAGACGUGCCAAAACCCUCUGAUGUGAUGAUAGCCACUCCAGUUUACCAGCAGCAGCCAAAUGAAGUUUCUAGAUUCCUGAAAAUCAAGCCACUGGUUUUUGGGGUUUUGGAAAUAUUGACAGCUUUAAUAGGAAUCGGUUUUAUAAUCUGGCAACAUUUUUGGUUCCAUUUGUGGUCACCAGUCUUUUGCAUUUUAACUGGAGCCGUAACAGUCUCAGCUGCAUGCAAGCCUAACCCAUGUCUGGUCAAAACCGCACAGGUUUUCAACUACGUAAACAUUGCAACGGCUGCUACCUCCCUCCGCGUUAACCUGGUCCGUUGGGGUUUGAGUUUGGUUGUCCUCAUGGGCUGCGAUAUUCUGGCCUUAAUCUUCUCUAUUAUCAUUGCCUCAUCAUCUUGUUUCUGCUGCUGCAGGCCAAAGUCAAGAAGUGAUGCCGCGGUCAGUUACAUGAACACAAAUUUGCCUGUUAACAAUAUUGUGUUUGUGGGCCAACUGGACCCCUCUGCAUUGCCACAACCUGGUAGUUCAGUCCUGUCUGUGAUGCCAGCAAACUACAGACCUGUCCCGACUGCACCUCCAGCAUACUACGUGCCCGUCCCUACUGCACUGCCAGGAAACUAUGGACCUGUCCCAAAUGCACAUCCAGCAAACUAUGGUCCACUCCCAACUACACCUCCACCAGCCUAUGAGGCCUGUGUGCUCGAGUCGAGGACUCAAUGACCAGAAGAUGAACUAGAUUUCAGCCACAAAUGCAUCAUCAUGUGAUAUAAGAAACUUCUAGGUAUACCAGUGGGUAUUGAAAUGAGGAGGCAACGUGCCUCUGAGUGGGGAAUUGUUUUGUUUACACAAAUUAUGGGUAAAAGCAAAUAGAACACCAACCAGUACUUCUUUUUGUAAUAUUUUCUUUGUAAUGCAUUAAUGAACAAUUUGUAAAAAAUGUUUACACAGUAUAUUAAUACUAAUUCUGUGAAUGUGUGUUAUUAAAUACAUUUUUUGAUACAA